GUAGAACUCGAACAUUUUGCUUUUGUACUGUUCUUCAACUUGCAUAAUGUUUGUAAACAUGGCCACAGGCGGAGCGUCAAGCUAUUCGUCCUGCAGUGCUUCUUUGCUAGGAUCGCAGGAUAAUGUGCAACAGUCACCUGAAAAUGCAGUAUUAGAAUGUCGAUUGUGUGUCGAGGUGUUUCGAUGUCAAGGUGACAAAGUGCCUCGGCUACUUUUUUGUGGCCACACUUUGUGUCAUCAGUGUUUGACAAGGCUUACCUUGCAUGGCAGAGCAAUCCUGUGCCCAUUUGACAGACAACCUACUGAAAUUGGAGAUUCUGGAGUAUGGGGCUUAAAGAAGAAUUUUGCACUUCUUGAACUUUUGGAGAAAUUACAGUAUUCUAAAAAAAUGCCACUUAAAAUAUUUUCAGAAGCAGCUCUUGCAAAAGAAAAAGAGCUUGCAAUAGUCUGUGAUGAAAAUGAGCUCCAUACUGCUGUACUUUACUGCACCACAUGCUGCACUCAUUUGUGCAUAGAAUGCUCAGAAAUUACACAUGCAACUCGCACCUUAGCUCGACACAAGCGAGUUGCAUUAUCUGAAAAGCCGCGAGAAAAUCCCAAAUGUAGUUACCAUCCGAUGCAUCUGGUGGAAUUUGCUUGUUUGGAAGAGGAGUGUAAGAUGUCACCCCUGAUGUGCUACAUAUGUAAGGACUAUGGACGACAUGUGCGACAUAAGCAUGCACUUCUUGAGAUGGAAGCAGAAAGUGUGCGCAAUUCCAUUAUCAGUGCUGUGCAGCACAUCAAAUCGUUUGGAGAAGAGGUUUCAGAAUCUGCUCACAAGAUGGCAUCAGUCAUUCAACAGAUUGAAGGUGGAGUAACAGUUGUGCAAUCCGAUGGCUUCACUUCUACACAGCAGGUACCCGGUACAGCAGAGCAAGCACGUUCUAAAAUCAAAGAAUAUUUUAAUGAAUUACGUCAGAAUCUCAACUGUCAAGAACUUGCUGCUCUAACCACUGUAGAUACCCACAUCCGAGAAAAACUUUGUAUAUUACGCCAGCAACAGGAAGAUAUGGCCAUCCUACUUGGCCAAGUGUCAUCCGUAUGUCUCCAAUGUGAAGUUACUUUACAACAAGAUGAUACAAAGGUGGUGCUAGCCAAAAAUGAAGUUAACAGUUUAUUGGAUGCCAUCCAGAAGCAACAGCAACAAUUCUCUGAGCUUCCAGAUCAACUACCUCUUGAUCCAACCAUACCAAUAACUUUUACAAGGGAUAAUCGAGUUCAUAUUGGACCUAAGAUGGAGAUGCGUGUUGUUACCCUAGGACUUGAUGAUGCUGGAAAAACUAGUAUUCUUUUUAAAUUAAAACAAAAUGAAUUUAUUCAGACUAUUCCUACUAUAGGUUUCAAUGUUGAAACAGUGGAGUAUAAAAAUUUAAAAUUUACUAUUUGGGAUGUUGGAGGUCAACACAAAAUACGACCCUUAUGGAAACAUUAUUAUUUUAAUACUCAAGCUGUGAUAUAUGUAGUGGACAGCAGUAAUAAAGACCGUCUGCAGGAAGCAUACAAUGAACUUGCUAAAUUAGUACAAGAAAAAGAAUUACGAGAAGCUUCAUUAUUAAUUUUUGCAAAUAAGCAGGAUAUUGAAUCUUGUGCAAGCAUUGAAGAGAUUACAGAACAAUUUUCACUGUUUAAACUCUGCUGUAACCGCAGUUGGCACAUUCAGGCGUGUGAUGCCAAAAGUGGCUAUGGUCUACAUGAUGGUCUUGAAUGGCUGUCUCGUCAAAUGGUAGCAACAGGAUCACCAGAAUUUAUUUAACAUCUCACAACAUUCACCAGACCUGGGCUAAAAUCUGAUCUCCUCUCUACAGACUCUUAUAUUUUCCAGUGAAUUUAUAAAAGCAAGUGACUACAUAUACACAAAUAUGUAAUAGUUCUCUUAUCAAAGUUGUACCUGAUGCCAAAAGCAAAACACCUCAAGGUAAUCAGCACAGCUAACACUGAUAUUUCUUCUAAUUUAGUUUACAGAAUUUGUUUUCCUUAGACCUUCGGUUUACAAAUAUCAACACAACACUGAGAUAUCUUCGUUUUCAUGCAUACAUAUAUAUUUAUAUUUUCUCUGUAUUCCAUUUUGAUAUUCGGCUCAGUUAAGUUUUAACAUCUAAACACCAAAAAUUCAGGUAAUUUACUUGAAGAAUAAACCUAUUUCGUUGGAAGCUUUCUUUCUUCACUUUCUUUUUUGCAGAUUUAUACAACGCCCAAUAAUUUCAUACCAUUGAUCUGUUAACAGAUCAUUAGGUGACUGAACAAACCCCUACUAGCUUAUCGUGGCUGAUAUUGUAUUUUACAGUGUGUAUAUAUAUUUCCAUCUAGGUGAUAAUACAGUAUUCUUCAUUAUUAGCUCCCUUUACAAGCUCAUGCCUGAUUAUGUUCAUAAUAAAUUAUUUGAAUCCCUUUAA